CCAUCUGCAGCUUCGCCAUGUCGUCUGUGUUCGGCAAGCCCCGAGCUGGCAGUGGGCCGCACAGCGUGCCCCUGGAAGUUAACCUGGCUAUCCUUGGGCCCCGCGGAGCAGGCAAGUCUGCCUGGGGCCUUUGGAGAGCCAAGCUUGGUGUCAGCAGAGACCACAGAGCCCUGACUGUGAAGUUUCUCACCAAGAGGUUUAUCAGCGAAUAUGAUCCCAAUCUGGAGGACACCUACAGCUCUGAGGAGACUGUGGACCACCAACCUGUGCACCUGAGGGUCAUGGACACUGCAGACCUGGACACCCCCAGGAACUGUGAGCGCUACCUGAACUGGGCCCAUGCCUUCCUGGUGGUGUAUAGCGUCGAUAGUCGCGAGAGUUUCGAGGGCAGCAGCAGCUACCUAGAGCUGUUGGCCUUGCAUGCCAAGGAGACACAGCGUGGCUACCCUGCCCUGCUGCUGGGCAACAAACUCGACAUGGCCCAGUACAGGCAAGUCACCAAGGCCGAAGGUGUAGCGUUGGCAGGCAGAUUCGGGUGCCUGUUUUUUGAGGUCUCUGCCUGCCUGGACUUUGAGCAUGUGCAGCAUGUCUUCCAUGAGGCUGUGCGCGAGGCACGACGAGAGCUGGAGAAGAGUCCCCUGGCCCGGCCCCUCUUCAUCUCUGAGGAGAAAGCCCUGUCCCAUCAGACCCCGCUCACAGCCCGGCAUGGGCUGGCCAGCUGUACUUUUAACACUCUCUCCACUGCCAGUCUGAAGGAGAUGCCCACUGUGGCCCAGGCCAAGUUGGUCACUGUGAAAUCAUCUCGUGCCCAGAGCAAGCGCAAGGCACCCACCUUGACUCUACUGAAGGGCUUCAAGAUCUUCUGAGGCUCCUUCUGCAGGAACCUUAGGCUCAGCUGAUGCUUGGGGCUGCAGGGAAUGGGCUGGAUUGCACUCGGAUGAACCAAUGGCCCUUACCCUCUGGUAGAUAGCAGAUUCCACCUCCAGCACCAAGCAGGGUCCCUACGUGCUCACUAUGUGAGCCAGAGGGACAGGCAGGGAGGCUGCUCCUGUCUGCCUCACCCUACUUCCUUGCCAGGCAAGGGCUUGGGCUCCAUGGUAACCUCUGCAUCCACCACCCUGGAGGGAAGCUGCCCCUGUUACAGACAGGAGUCCUGGAGUCAGCUGCAAGCAGAGGGGAUCUGCAGUACAAAUCCUGUGUCAUGACUCUCCUGCUCCAGCCACUGCCAGACCAGCUGCAGCCCCUGUUCAAAGAGGCUUUGCCUAUGUGAAGACUUGCUAACAAUCUACAGGAUGGCUGUCCCAGAGAUCCUACCAUCACCUGCUGGUAGAAAGAGGUACUCCAGCUAUUCAGAGGUCCAAAGUUUAUCCGAGAAAAUUCUAGUUAAAAUAAUCCUGUGCGGAGGCUUGGAUAGAGCAAAGAAAUCUGGACAAGAGCCCUUCCGCACUUGCCUCUAAAUGAAGGGUGCAGAGAGGGACUGAGGGUUGUCUGGGCUUGACAGCCUCCAACCUUGUUUUUCACCAGCAUUGGGGGACUAUUAUGAGCACUUUGUUAGUAGACCCCCCCAGGACCACCCUUCUCGAGCUUAAUGACCAAGAUGACAGAAAGUCCAGUGACAGUCCUCAAGGAGUUCACAGCUGACAGGAUCAGACAUCCUCUGGUGGGAACCAUUGGUCUGUCCACUGUUAAGUAAGUGCAGUCUGGUUUGGUUGGACCUAGGACCCUCAACGAUGGAAUUGUUCAAAGCCUAUUUUGGCAAGCCAGAUCCCAAAGCAUGGGGUUAAUAAGGCAGAAUUUUACAUAAACUAUUUCGUGUUUUAUCAAGACUCAGGUGUGAGAAGUCUGUCAAAGUCAGGGGCUACAGCUGUUUCUUAUUGUUUACCACAAACUCUGGAUGAGCAGGCUCAGGAGUCGGGCAUGAGAAGGCCUAGGCUGGGCACCCUAGGAAACCAGCUCCUUUGGCUCCCAGACAGCAGCCCAGGAGUUUGAAUCAAGAUUAUCUCUAACCCAGUCUUCAGCUCAAGUCUAUAGCUGGAGAAGCUGCGGUCGGAGGGAGAAGCUGAGGUCGGAGGGAGAAGCUGAGGUCGGAGGGAGAAGCUGAGGUCGGAGGGAGAAGCUGAGGUCAGAGGGAGAAGCUGAGGUCAGAGGGAGAAGCUGAGGUCAGCUGGAGAAGCUGAGGUCAGAGGGAGGCCCUGAUCUACUCAAGAGCACAUGCUGCAAGUUCUGGCCCUUUGUUGUGAUCAAAGGCCAGCUCUGAACUUUAUACUUUUUUUUUUUUUUUAAGAUAGGGUCACUUUAUUAUGUAGGUCUGGCUCCUGGAACUUGCUAUGCAAACCAGGCUAGAGUUGAACUCACAGAGAUCCACCUGCCUCAGCCUUCUGAGUGCUGGAAUUAAAGGCUUCCACCUCGCACGGCUGAACUUUGUACUUUCGAUGCAAGCCCCUUGUGUGUGCUUUGUAGACACCAUCAUUCGAACCCAGUACACAAUUCCAGCUGCCCACCUGGAGAAGCAUUUGAAUAAAGGACU